GCCGUCGAUAAGCAGUACCAGAACCGCAUACCAAUAACGAGGCACCACGCUACCAUGCAGGUACCAUCGUCCUGAGGUGGCUGACUUCAGCACAGUUUCAUGGUACCGUUACCAGCCGUUGCUCGAAACGUGACGUCAUCCGUGGUACCGCCGGAAAACAAUCAGGUACUCGGUACUGUACGAUAAUCUUUCUCCGCCAGAUACGCUAUAGAGUACCACCUUGAUUUUGUCGCAAUUUAUUUUGUCCGCCUGCCACCUCGAUAAGAUGUGUAGUACCUGUGCGUUGUGACAGUGCAGUUCGAGCAGAGUACCAUUCAUACUUUUUUAGCUAGUCAAAAAUUAGUACGAUACCAAAUGACGUCACAGGCGUACCUGGUGCUUCACCUCCUGUUGGUGCUUCUAGUAACCCCUACUUUUCAAAAACACUCUGAUGAUGAACACGAUGAUGCAAUGACGAUAGAAAGUGACGUCAGGUCCGAAUACGAACCAAAUCCGUUUGCUGACGUGGCCGCUGAAAUCCUGAAGGAACAACUGGCUCAGAACCUCGGACCUGCACUACAAGGGAUGUUCGCUGGUGGAAAUGGUGGAAACGGAGGUGGUGGGGGGGAAAUGUUGGACAUGUUAUCGUCCAUGGCGGGAGCAUUAGGUGGAAAUAACAACCAAGGCGGUAAUGGAGGAGACUCUGGAGGUGCGGCUGCCCUUCUACAGGGACUCGGAGCCCUGAUGGCCAACAAAAAUGGCGGGGACGAUCAAGACGGAGGUGGGAUUGACGCUGGAGCGAUUCUGCAAGGACUGGGAGCGCUAAUGGGAAAUAAUAAAGGCGGAGCUAAGAGAGACAACAACGAAGGAGGCAUAGAUGCAGGUGCCCUUCUUCAGGGAAUGGCUGCUCUUAUGGGCAACAAAGGGAGCCAAGGAGGUCAAGGAGGUGGACUCAACAUGGAUAUGAUCUCGUCAGUGCUGCAGGCAUUAGCACCCCAAGAAGAAACUAAUCGCGUCAAGAAGAAGAGGCGCACAGCAGAGGAUACCAAAGGAAACGAAAUCGACCUCGAGAACCUGAACAUGGGCGACGUGGCCAAAGUAGCAAGCAAAUUGAUGGGCAAAGGCACAUCGUCGUUGAUGUCGUAUGUCCCCAUGAUCAUGCAAGCUUUGCAGUCUUUCUCAGGUCCUGAAGCUGCAGCCAGGGAGGAGCAGCACGCCUCUCAUAGUUCUAUGAUGCCUCCAUUUUUGGAAAAACUGCACGUUUAUUUUGACCAUUUCAUGCACACCGAGUUGGGGAAGAAAAUCAUCUCUAUGCUUGGAGCAGAAAAGGCAUUUAAGGCAUUUGCAGAUGAAAAUGGAAGGUUCGACUAUAAAAAAUUCGGAGAAUUGAUGGAAAAUCAUUCGUUCAGGAAACGCUGGAUACAAACUGUGACCGAUAGAAUUGCUGACCUAGCUCAUACAUAUUUGGAUCCAAGAACAUUUGAUACGAUGUUUACAAGUGCGCAAUAUCUCGUGAACACAUACUUGAAAAUGCAAGGCUUUCCCAAACAGGUCCUACUGGAUCCAGAAAAUCCUGUUGACAGUAUAUCCAAGUUGAUCAACUUUGUUUUCAAAAAGUACAUCGACAUCAAAGUUAAAUCCAAGAAUUACGUAGCCCCGGUUGUCGAAUUUCUAUCGGGUUUGAAAGGUGCAGCGCAGACCAAAAACUUCUUAGGUAGCAACUCUAGGGAGUUUUCUAAUAAAUUGGCCGAUACAAUCAAUAUGGAGAUCAUAGAACCACUUAUUAGGGUGAAUAGGGCGUUCAGGUUUGCUAAAACCACACCUAAAUGCGACAGAUAUGUGAUGUGUCUAGUCAACGAGAAGAACCAAAAUGAAAAAGAAGAUACGCUACCGUCACUGAAGAAGCUCCUUUACAGAGGUUCAAGUUUGGUAGCCGCGUGGUUCUUGACAUCAGAAACACCGUAUUGGACACUUUACAACGAUAUUACGACAACUAGUGAAAAUUCGGAUUGCAAAACGCUGUAUUUGAAAGAAUGUGAUGGCUUCCAUACAGAAGAAAUGAAAGUAACGACUGAAUACGUUCACAACGAAUUGUAGAUAAUUAUGAAAUUUAGUGUUUUGUUUGUACAUAUUUGUUAAUUUUAAAUAAAACAGUCACGAUGAGAUAACAUCCUGUCAUCCUGUAAAAAACAAUUUCUAAUAAAACAAUAAAGAAAUUUUGUUAAUA